AUGACAAUGGAGGAGCCAAGGAAGCUGAGAGGCCACAAAUCAGCUGCCACGUGUUGUAUAGCUUCUCGUGACCGUCCUGGACUUGUCGUCACUUCCGGCGAGGAUGGUUGCGUUUGCUGGUUCGAUUUGCGAUGUAAAGAUGUUCAAUUCACCAUUAAUGUUGGAACAGAACCAGUUUCGUCUCUUUGUUUCAAAACAGGUAAUGAGAAGAUUCUGUAUGCUUCUUGUGGAAAUGAGAUCAAGUCUUUCGAUGUUCAUACGCUAGGUGAUGAUUCUUUGAAGCCAUUUGAGAGUUACAGUUACAACAAAGAUGAAGUUAAUCAGGUGGUAUGCAAUGGAAGAUCAUCUUUUCUUGCUUUUGCAGAUGAUUCUGGUGAUGUUAAGAUCAUCGACAUUGGUCGGAAAUGCCUUUAUAAAACCCUUAGAGCUGGUCAUACAAGUAUAUGCAGUACUGUGCAAUUCAUUCCAUGGAGACCUUGGGAAGUUCUAACUGGUGGACUUGAUUCAAAGCUUGUUCUGUGGGAUUUCUCAAAAGGCCGUUCGCAAAAGAUUAUAGACUUUGGAACUGAUUCACAAAGUAACUCAGGACAAUGCCUAAACCCUGCGUUUGUUCACUCGAUAGCAGUUCCCGAAAUCGACAUGGUUGAUAAGUUAGGCAAGAUAUGCGCGGUUGCUAGAGGAGAUGGAAUUGUCGAUUUGAUCAAUAUCGAAUCAGAACUUUCCCGAAAAGGAACAUCAAAAGGUAGCGGCAGCAGUAAUGUGACCAAAAGGGUUUCUUUAGAUUACUCGGUCGAUGGGCACAAAGCUGCUGUUUCUUGUGUAGCAUUUUCUCUGUUUCAGGAAAAAGGUAGAUUCUUGAUCUCAGGUGGUAAUGAUAAGACAGUUAAAAUCUGGGAUUGCUGGAAAUGUCUUGAUUCAGACAACAACAACAACAGAAAUUUCCUCCAUUUGAAUAUCAACCUGAGCAAGAAGGUGAAUUGGCUUUGCACGAGUCAAUCUGAUUCUGAGAAUCUUGUUGUUUGUGACACAACAAGAGUAGUUAAGGUUUACUCAAUCUCUUGA